UCGAGUACAGAUAAGUAUCGGGCAUAUCCAGUUGGAGACGCAUCUGAUUUUUUUAGCUUUUGGCAAGUUAUUCUCCUAUAAGCAUUGAAAAAUGUAUUUUUAAAAGGGAAAUAUUGUGAUUUUAUUUAUUUUAAAACAAAUUAUAAGUAUUAAAUGUGAUCGUGAACAAAUAUCGGUCGCUCUGGAUCAGUUUAAAACCUUGGGGGUACUUUGAAAAACAACCUUCGAUUGGAUAUCUCUACCACCAGACUGUUUGUGCAAACCGACUCAUUCACAUAUACAUACGUAAAAGCAGUCCAUUCAACUUUUGUAAAAACCCACAGUGAUUAAUAAAAGGAACAAUGGCUUCCGAUAUAGAAAUUGCAAACCUCAACAACUUUGAAAAAAUACAGAACUUUCUCAACGAUUCGGCCUAUAAAGAGAUACUGGAGAAUAGCGAGAACUUCAACACACGUUUGUGCAUUGAACGUCGACUGCGUAUGCCGUUUUUGGAUCCGCAGACGGGUGUCGCCCAAACCCAUUGUGCGCUAUUCAUGAAGCAACGUCAACGUAUGCCUGGCUUCCGCGAUGGUCAGAUCUACACGUAUCCAUCAGCUCGGUGGCGUAAACCCAAACGCCAGUACUUACUUAAUCAUCAUCACAGCUAUAGGGCAUACCAGUAUCGUGAGCCUCACUAUCACCAAUCAACCGGUAAUACAUCGGCGCGCGAUCAUUAUCAAGCAGAAAGUGCAGCUAUCGUCGCUGCCGACGGCAAUUCAAUGAGCGCUUCGGGCGAUAACGACAGUAAAGAUUCUCACGCCAAUGCUGAAAAAGAUUGGUUCCACGAGGACAUAGAUAUGUCUCACUAUCACCAUGUUGAUGACUUCGAAGAGGACUUUGAAUCGGACAAUGAUUUCGAUGAAUCGUAUAGUAGCCGUGGCAAACGUAAACGUGGUUCACGCUCCGCUCGCAGGAGCACUGCUGCUGUCGAUGGUACACCAAAGCGGGGUCGCAAAGGAGGCGGCAGUCGUCGUCGCAAUAAUGCUGAUGGUGAAGGCGGCGGCCGUCGACGUGGUGGCGCGAGCAAUGCCAACAACAACAAUGCAAACACAGCUGCUGCUGCAGCCGCAGCUGCUGCCGCUGUUGCUGCUGCAGCUAGUGUCGUGGCCUCCAGCAUGGAAGUGAGCAAUUCGAAUUCAGCUUCUCCAAUCGGUACAAACGAUGAAACAUCACAGUCUGCAAUAGUAAUACCACCUGGAACGCCAACUGCUGCUGGUACAACAUUUGACAAGACUUUAAGCGAAGCUAAUGUAGUUGCUGCUGCUGCUGGAAGUGUUGCUGAAACCGCAACGCCUGUACUACCCAGUACAAGUGCCGUUAGUGGUGCUGCAAGCGCUACCACGGCACCAUCCGUCACUCCUCCAACGACAGUAGCAGCAAGUGCAGUCACACCACCAGUAGUAGCCGUUACUGCAGUGAAGAAAGAUCUUAAAAAUAAAAUGCGUGCUGAUCGUGAGGUUGCAACUCCUUCAACCUAUUGCGACUUCUGUUUGGGCGAUCAACGCGAGAAUAAGAAGACCAACUUGCCGGAGGAAUUAGUUUCGUGUUCGGAUUGUGGCCGCUCCGGUCAUCCAUCUUGCCUACAAUUUACACCAAAUAUGAUAAUCUCAGUGAAGCGUUAUCGCUGGCAAUGCAUCGAAUGCAAAUAUUGUUCCAUUUGUGGGACUUCGGAUAAUGACGAUCAAUUGCUUUUCUGCGAUGACUGCGAUCGUGGUUAUCAUAUGUAUUGUUUGUCACCUCCAUUGAUAACACCACCGGAAGGAUCAUGGAGCUGUAAACUUUGUAUGGAAGAGUUCCAUAAAGAUGAGAAAUAAUGGAACUACACAAUGGAGCAACGACUUUCGAUGAAUACUGCUUCCAAUAGAACAGCCACAAUGAAAACAGACGGAGUUGAAUUGAUGUACACCGACUUCUGGACUUUGUUGAUCUUCUGAAAUUGACACGAGAGAGUUGCAUUGAUUCUUUGGUCAGCAGUUCUCGUUUAGAAUUUUCUAUUUGAUUUAAAGAAAUACGUUGCAUUAAGGGUUAAUAAUACUUAAACUCAUUUUUUUUAUCACACAGCGCAUCAGGUAUUCCUUAGCGCCGCUAACUCAGUUCACAAAACCUUGAAUAGUUUACAUGCAAACUUUGUUUUAUUUUAAAAAUAAUAGUAUAAGCUGAAAACUUCACAAGACGGCAACUUAUCGUAUGUAUUUUAGAUUUUAAAUUAAUCUUAAGUUAUCAUGUCAUUUAUGCCGCUAACAAUCUACGCAGUUGGCUCCUUGGUAAAUUAGUAUUGCAUUAAGCAUCGCCCAAUUCAUCGUCCUCAAGUAUUUUAGUAUAUUUCUUCUAUGUAUAUUCUUGUAAAUUUUGUUUGUACUAAAUACAAAUAGGUAUUGUAAAGUGUAAUUGGCUUGAUCCUAUUCGUAAGGUUUUCUGCUUACGUAGUUAAUUUCAAAACAGUUUUGUGUUUAUAUUCAGACAGGUUCUGCAAUUCGCUUCCGAGUGUAUUUCAACCACUGCCAAUUUGAAUUCAAAGCGAAUUUGAUUGAAAUUCAUUUGGAAGUUAAUUGCAGAACCUGCCCCAUUAAAAUAAGUUCCUUUUUCCAAAAUAUGUAUUUCUGUAAAGAUUUCUAAGCAAAACAAAGUACCACAAAAAUAUUAAUUCGAAUAAUAAAUCCAUAUACAAGCAUAUAUAAGCAAAUAACCGUACGAUCCAAUGGAAAAUAAUGUAUUUCAUAAAUAUUUAUUGGAAUUUAAUCGCCGUCAUUGAGCAAUAAUAAUAAAUCAUGACUAAACCCAA